CGGAGCGGAGAUGCUCUCCAGCAGCCAGAGGAGGAAGAAGAGGAGGAUGAGGGUGAAGAAGCGGAGCUGAUCUCAGUUCGGAGCUGCUGAGCUGAAACUGGAAACUUCCGCAUGUUUUUCUGAAGCUUUUCCUCAACCGAGCAGACUUCCUGUCCCGCCUGCGCCAUGAGCGACAUCUUGGAGUCGGCGGCCGGCUCUCUGGGUCUGUUCAGCAGCUCCUGCCUCACCAAGGUGGAGCUGCGCCUCACCUGUAAGGGCGUCUCUGACCGGGACGCGCUCUCCAGGCCCGACCCCUGCGUCGUCCUCAACAUGCAGUCCCACAGCCGGUGGAUGGAGGUGGACCGGACGGAGGUGAUCCGCAGCUGCGUCAACCCCACCUACUCCAAGGUCUUCACCUUGGACUUUUAUUUUGAAGAGGUGCAGCGGCUGCGCUUCGAGCUGUUCGACAUCAACAGCCACAACGGGCCGAAGGAGGCCGACUUCCUGGGCUCAGUGGAGUGUACGCUGGGACAAAUCGUCUCUCAGAGGAACCUGACCAAAGCUCUGCUCCGACCUGGAGGAACCGUGGGGAAAACCAUCAUCACGAUCACAGCAGAAGAGCUGACGGGGAACGAUGACUACAUCGAGCUCUCCUUCAGUGCCAGGAAGCUGGACGACAAGGACUUUUUCAGUAAAUCGGAUCCGUUCCUGGAGAUCUACAGAGUGAACGACGACGCCACCAUGCAGCUCGUCUACAGGACGGAGACGGUCAUGAAUAAUCUGAAUCCAGUUUGGAAAACCUUCAAAGUGUCUCUGAACUCGCUCUGCAGCGGAGACCACGACAGGAAGCUGCAGUGCAACGUGUGGGACUGGGACUCCAACGGGAAACACGAUUACAUCGGAGAGUUCGAGGCGUCCUUCAAGGAGAUGAGAGGCGCCAUCGACGGCCGACAGGUCCAGUGGCUGUGCAUAAAUCCCAAAUACAGAACCAAGAAGAAGAACUACAAGAACUCUGGGAUUGUCAUCCUGAACCAGUGCAAGAUCAUCAAGAUGCAUUCCUUCCUGGAUUACAUCAUGGGCGGCUGUCAGAUACAGUUCACUGUGGCCAUCGACUUCACGGCGUCUAACGGUGACCCGCGGAACAGCUGCUCCCUGCACUACAUCCACCCCUUCCAGCCCAACGAGUACCUGAAGGCGCUGGUGGCCGUGGGCGAGAUCUGCCAGGACUACGACAGUGAUAAAAUGUUCCCAGCGUUUGGCUUCGGAGCCCGGAUCCCUCCAGACUUCAAGGUUUCCCACGACUUCGCUGUGAAUUUCAACAAGGACAACCCGGAGUGUGCUGGUAUCCAGGGUGUGGUGGAGGCGUACCAGGCCUGCCUACCCAAGCUGCAGCUCUACGGCCCCACCAACAUCGCCCCCAUCAUCCAGAAGGUUGCCAAGUCCGCCUCGCAGGAGGUCCACACCAAAGAGGCCAUGCAAUACUUCAUUCUGCUGAUCCUGACUGACGGCGUCAUCACCGACAUGGCCGACACCAGGGAAGCCAUUGUCCAGGCCUCCCAUCUUCCGAUGUCCAUCAUCAUCGUCGGGAUAGGGAACGCUGACUUCGGUGACAUGCAGAUGCUGGAUGGGGAUGACGGGAUCCUGCGGUCGCCCAAAGGAGAACCCGUCCUCCGGGACAUCGUCCAGUUUGUCCCCUUUCGCAACUUCAAACAUGCCUCUCCGGCUGCUCUGGCUAAGAGCGUCUUAGCAGAAGUGCCCAACCAGGUGGUUGACUACUACAACAGCAAGGGCAUCAAGCCCAAAGUGCCCAGUGAAUACCAGUCUUCCAGGCCGUUCGGCCCCUGAACCUCAGCACCACAGCAGACCAACCUCACCAAAAUGUUUACUUUCUUGUGUUUUUUGUCAAAGCGGAUGCUAAAGAUGAUGCACGCAGUAUUUACCCAUGAGGCAUUGGGGCCAUCUAUCCUUGAACCAGUUGGCCUUCACAGUUUUGUUCUGAGGGACCAAGUCUAGGAACCCCUUGGUUCCUGCUUUUGCUGCUGCUAGUUUAGAACUUUUAAUGAUGUCAUCAACUGAAACAUUUGCUGCCUUUCAUAUCAAAUAAUAAUUCCCAAAGGCAACCCCCUUAA